AUGCAAAAUAAUAACAAAAUAAUUAUUGCUAUUUUAAUUUUAUUUUCAUUAAAUUAUGUAAAUUCACAACAAGCUUAUUGUUGGGAUUUAAAUCCUUGUAUUGAAUUUAAUUGCCCGCAAAUUGGACCGAGGUACUUAAAAAUUAGAAUUAUUUUGUGUUUAUUUAAAAUAUAUAGAUUAUGUCCACCCGAAAAUGUGUUAAUUUAUUAUGAUUGUUGCCCAACUGAUGGAUGUUGCCCAUUCAUUAAAUGGCCAAAUUUAUUAUUUCUAAUUUUUAUAAUUAUUCUCUUAAUUGCUGGAUGUAUUUGUUGUGGAUUCUUUUUAUUAACCGAUGCCAGACAAAAAGUAUUUCACAGAAAACAAAGAGAAGAAAUAAAUAAUCAAAGAAUUAAAAGAGAAACAGGAAAAUAUAUUAAUGGAUUUAAUCACAAAAAUCAUUCAACAACUAUUGUUUAA